AGCAGGUUAUCAGAGGCCUAUAAAACAAUCCGGGAUUAGCCACCUAAUCCUAGUCACACCCUCCGUACAAAUCCCUUUACUUUCCCAUCUUCUCCCUGUUCUUCCCCAUUGCUCCAUACAUUCCACAAAAGGCUAUACAGGUACAGCUGCAUGGAUUUGAUCAAUCAAACAGAGGCCUGCAUUCUUGCAGAUCGCCGCUUUGGUCCCCAGGUCCAGGUCCGCUGCCGAAGCUUUGAUUUUACAGUCACAUUUGAACAAAGUAUCUUGUCUAUACUUCCUUCAAUUCUCUUCAUCACUUCAGCAGCUUUUAGGAUUGCUCUCCUUUACAGAACAAAGCCUAAAGUCGGUGCGAGAUUAUCUCAACUCUUGAAGCUGUUAAUCCUUCUAGUACUCUAUGUCUCCCCGCACAAUAAAAAUCAGCAGCCACUGGCAAUUACAUCCUUAACUCUUUCAGUAGCCGAUGCGGCAUUUCUCUGUGUGCUCUCAUACCUUGAGCAUGAAGAAGCAAUUGACCCAUCAAACGUGUUGCUUAUAUACCUUUUCCUAUUUAAAUUACUAGAUGCUACUCGCCUCCGAACUUUGUGGCUUCUUGGUGAUGGCAGGUUACCCUUCAAAACAAUCUCAUCAAUUAAUCUAGCUGUCAAAUUGGCUAUCCUCUGUGUUGAAUCACAAGGAAAGAUGAAAUACUUCCUCAAUUCAGAGAAUAAGAUCCGGUCUCCCAAAGAAACGGGAAGAAUAUUCAACAAUGGCUUGUUCCUGUGGACAAACUCGUUACUUUUAAAGGACUUCAAGAAGGUACUCUCUCUAAGUGGCCUCUACCAUCUACCGCAGAAUUGUGUGGUGAUCGGGCAAGACUCAACAUUCAGGAAGAUCUUUGAAAAGAGCCAGGCAAAGAGCUAUAGGCUUGUCAGAACCACUCUAACAAUAUUCAAGUAUCAGUUAAUAUGGCCGGUCAUUCCUCGCCUGUUCCUUCUAGCAUUCACCUUACUACAGCCAAUCUUAAUGCUAAGGCUUCUUCAAUAGCUCGAGCAGACGUCCCAUCGCGAUCACAACAUCGGUUACAGUAUUCUAAAUGCAUACAUUAUUGUGUAUACUGGCCUGGCCGUUGCUACCGGUUCAUAUUGGCGCCUUCAACUACA